CAUCUGUGCAGGCAGGGCUGCUGGUUUGUGCUCAUUUGUGCACACGCCUUUUGGGGUCAUUUCCGCCCCAAACUUUCCCUUUCCUCUCCAGCUCAGGGGCCAAGAACAAGGUGAUUCCCCCUGUGCUCCAGCAUCUGGAUGAUGGGUGUCAGUCUGUGCCCUAAGGCCCCACUCUGCAGCCCAGGACCCUCCUGGACCCUGCAGCCCCUCCCUGCCCACCCGUCCCCGCAGCUGGAAAAGUUCCAGGAGGGUGGGGCCGCCCUUAAUGAUGUUAAAACAAAAAGCCAGAGCAUCCUGAAGGAUCCUGAUCUUUGGUGUGACCUCCCCCACCCCUGAAGCCUCCCUGCUCAGGCCUCCCCUGGCCUCCUUCCUAAUCUCCUGCCUUCCUUGUGCCUCAGGACCCCUCCCCUUCCCAUGAGGACCCGGAUGUUGAGGGAAGAAGAGGGAAAGGGGGGGCCCAGGUGGUUAAUCAGGUACUAGCCCAACCCCUAGGCUUGGAGGGAGUGUAAUGCUGGUGAAACUGAGCAAGAUAGAGAUUAGAGAGUAUUUAAUAAUUUAUUACAUGGGAGAGAUUUACUGGGACCAAAUGUUUGGUCUCAGCACCCCUCCCCUAGGAGGACAUAAUGGGAUUCUGGGGAGGCUCCUGAUAUUCUAAUGACGUCUAAAAUGGAGAAAGACCUUUAUCCCAUCAAACAUUAAGAGGGUCUGGUUCUAACCUGAGAGAGUAACUGAAUAGGACAAUUAGGGAAACUGGGUCAGGACAUUAAAAGAGAACUGUGGCACAACAGGAGGUGAGGUCUGUACAAGUGGGUGGAGAAAGCGUGUAAUGGGGCCUGGGCUCAUGUGCCCCCGGCAUUUGUGGGUUCUCCGGUUCUUCUCGGUCCCCAUCCAUCCCUGGAUUAAAACUGGAAGAAUAAUAUUAGUUUCAGUCUCCAGGAAAUGCUCUGCAAUCGCCCAUCCCAGUCAGGGGCUCCCGGCCUAGGAGAAGGCCUCAGCCGGGCGCUCUCAGGGCCCGCUUUCCUUUCCCGCCGAGGAGCUUGGGCACGGGCGGGCCCUGCCCCGGCGCUGGGCGGAGGCACAAGGACGUCCCUGCUACAGAUCCCACCGGUGCCACCACCCGCCGGACGCGCCAAGGCCGGGAUUUGCCGGACGGGCUUUGAAAGAAGCAUUUGCGGGAGAUUCGCAGUUAGCCAGAAACCACCCCCCCCUCCCCGGAGCUCCUGGCUCCCCCAAGCGGGAGGGGCCGAUACAGCCUCUUAGCCCCGGAUCUUCCGCGCUGAGCAAAGGACUUUGCUCUAAAAGCGCCGGCGCGGACGGGAAAAGUAAAAACACACGUGGGGGUUUUACCCCCUUCUCAACGGGGCUGAAGGAGGCGCCUAAAGGGGGGCCAGAGACCCGUGUUUCAGGGGAGCAGCUUGGAGGGAGGCUCACUCCCCCCCACUGACGGAGGGAUGAGCGGCUGUCCCGGGGGAAAUGUCCAAAGGAACAGAAACGGCAUCAAACCCGCGGCGGGGCCUGAGAGGGCUGAGCAUGGGCGGGGUCUCUCCCUGUGCCCCCUCACCGAAGGGGGGGAUGGGGGAAGGGCGCAGGUCCCGUGGCCCCUCCCGGGAGAAGGGGGGGCCGAGCCCUCAUUUGGAAUUAUGCAAAUGAUCGAACACAGAACUUCUACGUCCACUUUCCCAUCGGGAAUUUCCGAUCACUUCCGGGUCUCUUUCCUAUACGGAACAACACAAUCCAUCCCCCGCUCAUCCCCAAAGGCUUGGGAACCUCCAGGAAAGAAACAGGGACGGAGCCAGGAAUAAACGGAAUCGGGAAAAAGUCUUCGCGGCCUCAAAGAACGCCGCCUGGUGACGUCACUCCCGCCUCCGCCCCCGGGCUGCUGAGCCCCAGGGCAUGCCGGGAGUCCCCUGGGGCGCAGGCGCUGCUUCCCGGCUCCCAGGUCAGCACCAGCCCGGGAAGGGAAGCCUCAGACCCCGGCCUCCCUCCCUGGGGCCCCUCUCCCUCCCCCGCCCGGCCGGCAGAGCGCCCAAGCCCGGAACCAGAGACAUGGCCCCCGGCAGCCGGAGCCCCUCGUCCCAGGAGUUGGUGACAAUCAAGGACAUUAUGGUGGACUUCACUGAGGAGGAGUGGGGGCUCUUGGAUCCUUCUCAGAAAGCGCUGUACAGGGAGGUCAUGCUGGAGAGUGUCCAGAACCUGCUGUCCCUGGAUGUAGAAACUGGAUUCCCAGUAAAUGAGAUGAGUAUGUGGAAGAGAAAUGUGGAAGAACACGAGCUGCAAAGAUUCAUGGAUGAUGGUCCCUGUGACUUCAAUUUUAAGGAAUUGCAUGAUUUUAUUCUCAAAAUAGAUAGAUAUGCAAAGAGUGACUCUGAAUUGGACGAAAUUGGAAAGAGAUUCAGAUGGACUUCUAUCCUAAAUCACUGUAAGAAAAUGACCUCAGGAAGUGAUUAUCUUCAAGGUAGUGAAUGCAAGAAGUGCUUCACUGAAGAGGUAGAGCUGUUGGUUCCAGGUAAUCAAUGGGAUAUAGCUGUGAAGUGCAGUUCAGACCUCAUUGGCCCUCAGAAAAGUGAUACUGAUGAAAUGCUUUCCAUAAGUAAUAAUGAUGAGAAGGCUGUCAGUCAGAACUCUAAUCUCAUUAUUCAUCAGCAAAUGCAUAUUGGAAAAGAACCUGAUGAACACAAUGUAUGUGAAGCAACCUCAUCCUAUCUCUCAUCUCUUCCUUACAAUCCUGGAAUGAAAAGACCUGGAUAUGAUCAGUAUGGGGAAACCUUUGGUUGGAAUCCAGCUCUUGCUAGCCUGCAGAAGGCUCAUCCUGAAGAGGUGUCUCAUGAAUGUACUGAAUGUGGGAGAACUUUCUAUUACAGAUCAGUCCUGAUUGACCAUCACAGAAUUCACCCUCAAGAGAACCCUUAUUUAUGUCUUCAGUGUGGAAAUCCUUCCGUAUGCAAUCAAGGUGGAGAAAAUUGUACAGAAAACUCCAAUCUAUCAAAACAUAAGAAAACCCACAUUGGAAAGAAGGCUCAUGAAUGUAAUCAAUGUGGAAAGACUUUUAGAUCGAGCUCCCAUCUUGCUAGACAUGAGGGAAUCCACAAUGGAGAAAAACCUUUUAAAUGUAGUCAGUGUGGAAAGGCUUUCAGAUAUAGCUCCCACCUUGCUACACAUCAGAGAAUCCACACUGGAGAGAGACCAUAUAAAUGUAAUUAUUGUGGAAAGUCUUUCACACGAAGCUCCAGUCUACCUAAACAUCAGAAAAUCCACACUGGAGAAAAACCUUUUAAAUGUAACCAUUGUGGAAAGACUUUCACACAGCGUGCCCAUCUUGCUUUACAUCAGAGAAAGCACACGGGAGAGAAACCUUUUAAAUGUAGUCAGUGUGGAAAGGCUUUCAGUUGCAGCUCAAGACUUGCUAGGCAUCAGAGAAUCCACACAGAAGAGAAACCUUUCAAAUGUAUUCAGUGUGGAAAGGCUUUCAGACAGAGUUCCAAUCUUGCUUUACAUCAGAGAGUCCACACUGAAGAGAAACCUUUUAAAUGUAUUCAGUGUGGAAAAGCUUUCAAAUUCUCCUGCAAUCUUGUUACACAUCAAAGAAUCCACACUGGAGAAAAACCUUUCAAAUGUAAUCAGUGUGGAAAGGCUUUCAGACAGAGUUCCAGUUUUGCUUUACAUCAAAGAGUCCACACUGAAGAGAAACCUUUUAAAUGUAUUCAGUGUGGAAAAGCUUUCAAAUUCUCCUCCAAUCUUUUUACACAUCAAAGAAUCCACACUGGAGAAAAGUCUUUUAAAUGUAAUCAUUGUGGAAAGGCUUUCACAUUCAAGGGAGGUCUUAACAAACAUCAGAAAAUCCACACUGGAGAGAAACCUUUUCAAUGUAAUCAAUGUGGAAAGGCUUUCAAAUUCUCCUCUAACCUUUUUACACAUCAAAGAAUCCACACUGGAGAAAAGUCUUUUAAAUGUAAUCAUUGUGGAAAGGCUUUCACUUUCAAGGGAGGUCUUAACAAACAUCAGAAAAUCCACACUGGAGAGAAACCUUAUCAAUGUAAUCAAUGUGGAAAGGCUUUCAUAAAGAGAGCCAAUCUUACUUUGCACCAAGGAGUCCACACAGGAGAAAAGGCUUAUAAAUGUAUUCAAUGUGGACAGGCGUUUACAAACCGGUCUCUCCUUGUUACACAUCAGAGAAUUCACAUUGGCAAGAAACCUUUUGAAUGUAAUCAAUGUGGAAAGGCUUUCAUAAAGAGAGCCAGUCUUGCUUUGCACCAGACAAUCCACACAGGAGAAAAGCCCUAUAAAUGUAAUCAAUGUGGAAAGGCUUUCACACGCAAGGGAGGUCUUAGCAGACAUCAGAAAAUCCACACUGGAGAGAAACCUUUUGAAUGUAAUCAAUGUGGAAAGGCUUUCAUAUAUAAUUACAGGCUUACAGAACAUCAGAGAAUCCAUACAGGAGAAAAGACUUAUAAAAGUAAUUGAUGUGGAAAGGCUUUCAUUUGCAAGAGAUACCUCGGCAGACAUCAGAAAAUAUACCCUGGAGAUAAACAUUUUAAAUGUAAUCAAUAUGGAAAGGCUUUUACAAACAAGUCCCUCCUGGCUACACUUCAGAGAAUCCACAUGGGAGAGACACAUUUUGAAUGUGCAAAGGCUCUUAUACUCACUGCCUGUCUUGCUAGAUACCAUAGAACUCACAGUGGGAAGAAAGCUUUUGCCUGAAGUGAAACCAAACUUGAUGGAACAUUAAAGAACCCACAUUGGAGAGAAACGUUUUGAAUUAGUCAGUGAGGAAAGGAUUUCCUGCAGAGGUCCUUUCCAGCUGCACAUCAGAGAAGCCACACUGCAGAGAAAUCUUAUUAAUGAAAUUAAUGUGCAUAAGGCAUUCAACUACAAAUCUAAGAUUGAUAAACAUCAGAGAAUCCCCACUAAGGAGAAGCAUAAUAAAGGUGAGAGGAUUCCACAGAGUUCCCAUCUGGCUGCAUAUGAAACAAUCCACACUGGAGAGAAAACUUAUAAAUGUAUUCAAUGAAGAAAGGCUUUCAGACAAAUAGUCCUGCUCAACAUCACAGUAGCCACACUGGAGAGAAAUGUUUUGAAUGUAAUCAAUGUGAAAUGAUUUCAUUCUGAGCUGGAAUCUUUCUAAAUAUUAGACAAUCCACAGUGGAGCCAAACCUCAUGAGUGUGGUGAAUAUAACACAGCUUUGAGUUAUCAUUCGGAGCUUAUUUAAGAGAAGAGGGUCCCCACUUGAGGGAGACUUUAUGCACAUGACAACAUGGUAAUUGAUAUCUUCCAGCACCAAUCAUCUCUUAUUUCCCACCUCAGAGUUCAUGUAAGACAAAAUCUGAUCUUUGUCAUGGAUAAGGAAAGACACACAAAUGGAAUUUUUCUCUUUUGGCAAGAUCACAUUGAGCAGCAGAUUCCUGGGCAUUCAAUGUGGAAAGGCUUUCAACCACAGAUCAUCCCUUACUUUCUCUCUGAGAAUUCAUUGAAAAGUCUUAGAUAUAGGUUCAUGUGGCUGUGCUUUUCCCUGGAGGAGGAGGAUCAGCAGACAACCUUACUGCUAGUGGAAGGAAGAUGGAUAAAGGUCGUGGUUGUAGGAAGGGCUUCUCCUCCAGGUGAUACUUGACUAUCCUCAGGAGAAAUACUUCUGGAGGUGAAACUUGGGGAUCUCAUUUGCAAGGGAAAGCCUCCUGCUGCUGCACAGCCUUUAUUAGACUUCCACCAGAAAGAAAUAUGCAUGAAAUAGUCCAAAUUUCCAUCCUGUUGUGAAGGAGGAAUCACAUAAAACAGCCUAUAGGAGAAACUGAGGCAGAGUUCUAAGCCCAAACCCUUUAUUAAAGGAGUCUGGUUCUCUCCCAACCAAGUAGACCUCAGACCUGACUCUCCCAUCUGUGGUUCUCCUUUCAGGCCUCUGUUACAGGAAUACAAGUAUCCUAUCAAUAGAACAGCAUUUCAUUGGUUACUGUAAAAUGCCUUGGCUAAAAUAUGAAUACCCUCAGGGCCAGAGGGUUUCAGAAUGGCCAGUGCAGGAAACCUAUCCACUGACUAGAUGGUCAUAAACUGGAUGAUGUCCCCCCUUGGCUUGGGCCAGGGAAGAUGGGGCCUUUCAGUGAUCAGAGAUGGAUGAGCCAUUCCUGGGGUUGGGCAAGUGCAGAUCGCACAUCCCCAAGAACAUUUCAGGGAGAACUUGGAGGUUUUCCACCAUGACAGGUUGGCCUGAAGGGAAACAGAAUGGAGAGUGUUCUUGUCAUUUGCAGGAUAGUGAAUUUAGGGAAAUCGGCCUUUUGUCUGUUAUGGAAAUAGUUUCUAUUAUACAAGCCUGAAGCCUGCCCAAAGCCUCUAAUAGAAGGCCCAUUCCUACAUAAUUCCUACAACGGUGAGUUGCUCAUCGUUGUCCUUACUAUCAAAUGACUAUUAAAUAUUACUAAAUGAAAAAUCAGGAACAAUCCUUGUCUACCAUAAAAUUAUAAUGCACUGAUUAAUACUGAUGCAGGGUUGAGGGGGGUCCCCAGUAAGUCAUCUGUCUCACUGUGCAUAAAACUCCGUACAUGUAAUGGUUUUUGUCUGAAAUCGUAAUGUUCGUCAGGGCUCCUCAAUCGUUUAUGAUGGUCACAGACUAUGAUUCCUUUAGCCAUUCCCCAAUUACUUGGUGUUUGCUUUGUUUUCUGUGGUUUCUGCCACAAAAUAUCCAUGUAAAAAUGCUUUGCUAAUCAGACAUGAAAUUCUGUAAUCUGUAAAUCACUCGGUGGCGCCCUGGAUUAAAUGUUGCGUUUGAAUCCCCAAGGGCCGAGUUCCAGUUCCUUCUCUGGCCCUUUCAGGCUGUAUAUUGUAUGUAGGUCUGUCAUGUAACCUGAUCCUGCCCGAGUUUCCCCAUCUGUAGAAUGGGGAGAACAAGGGCAUCUGCUUCCCGGGGUGGAGAUGAGGAUUACAUUGGACAGUAAUUAUGAAACACUUUGCAAACAUGAAAUCACUAUGGAAAUCCUG